AUGACGCUUUUAGAGCUAAAUGAUCAGACAUUAUAUAGGAUCAAUAACUAUCAAACACAAGAUAAAGCGAUGAUUAUAAUAAAUGGCAUAGAAUAUCAGCUAAAUAAGGCUUUUGCAGUUGCAAUUUCUCAAAAAUUUUUCUCUCAGUACCUUUUAGACAGUGACAUUUCUCAAAUUGAAAUUAAUCUCGAUAUCAAAUCAACAGGUACGUAUAAUGCAUUAGCAGACAUACUUCAAUACAAACGUACAGAAGUCCAAUUUAACGAAACAGUUUUAAGAGAUCUUUUCCAUGUCGGAAUUGCUCUUGAAAUCCAAGAAUUAGUUGAUACAUACAAAAUGUACAUCAUUGAAAACAAAAAAUUAGAUCAAUUUAAUUGCAUUGAACUUCUCGAUAUCUAUUUUGACAUUUCGUUAGAAGAUAAGAUCAUAGAAUGCAUUGAUUUCAUUUCAUCAAACUUUUAUCUAAUAAAUCAAUCACAACUCAAAUCAAUUUCAGAAAAAAUCGGAAUUGAAGUCCUUAAAAGAAUAUUUAGUAACAAUAAACUGAUGUGUAUUGAUGAAGAUUCAGUUGCAAACUUUAUUAUUUCAUUAGUAAAAGAAAAUAAUGAUUUCUUCCCUUUGAUUCAAAACAUUCGAUUUGAAUUAUGCAGUGAAGCCAUUUUUAAUGAAAUUCAAGAAUUUUGUAAUCAAUACAAUUACCAAUACAUUGUCAAAUAUCUUUGUGAUUCGAUAAUGAAGGCUCGAAAACCAAAUAACUAUUCUAAAAUAUCUUACCAAUCCAAUUUCUUCCAAACUGGAAAUGUAGAAAUGUCAGCAUCAUCAAUUGGAAAAGGUUCCAUUUAUUCGAUAAAUAAUAAUUCAAAUAAUGAAUUAUUCUGCACUGAAAAUAUUCCAAAUUCAUGGAUUGAGUGGAAAUUGAAGCAAGGAUAUGCAAUUCAACCACUCGAAUACAUUAUAAGAUCAACACCUCCAGGUAAUUAUAAUUUGCGCCUUCAAUUAUGGAGAGUUGAAGGAACAACAAUUUAUGGAGAAACAAAGAUUCUUCAUGAAGUCUAUUCUUCUCAAUGUAAAGCAGGAGAAAUUCGGAAAUUUAUUGUUAAAUCGGAUGAUAAAUUUGUAUCAUUUAAACUGAUCCAAUUUGGAAAGAACAUUGGUGGGGCAGAUAUAUUAGAAACAAAUGUUUUUGACUUCCCAGGAAAUAUAUACUACAUAUCAAAAUAA